AUGCCUGCCGCUUUCAUUACCGGGGGAGCUUCAGGGCUAGGUAAGGCGACGGCCGAGAUGCUGGUCAGCAAAGGCAUCAAGGUCUUCAUAGCCGAUCAAAACAAGGAAAGCGCUGAGGCGGUCGUGUCCAAGCUGAACGAAAACGGACAUGUCGCCGAGUUUGGCGUGGUGGACGUCUCUGACUGGGAUAUGCAGGCCAGCGCCUUUACUCAGGCUGUCCGUUCGUUUGGCCGUAUCGACUACGUCUAUGCUAUUGCCGGCAUAAACGAACGACGCUGGUUGACCAACGACACAAGCGGUGCCUUCAAGGCACCAGACCUGGCCGUCUUGAAUGUGGAUACGACGGGGCUGUUCUACACGGUGGCCCUUGCUGUCCAGCAGUUCCGCCGGCAAGAGCCCGAUGUGAAUGGCUUUCGUGGAAAGAUUGGCAUUGUUGGCUCCGUAUGUGGUCUCUACUCCUGCCCGACCCUUCCUGUGUAUACAGCAGCCAAACAUGCUGUCACUGGCUUUGUCCGUAGCUACGGUAAGUAUCUCCCGGAGGAACAAAUUACGAUGAAUGCUGUUUGUCCCAAUGUGGUCCGCACCAACAUGUCCACCUCCGAAUUCUACGACAGUCUGGAGAGUGUAGGCGUCAUGACACCGAUGGAGGGGAUUCUGGAGACAUUUGAGAAGUGGAUGGGAGCAGAGAAGAUUUCAGGGGUGUGUUAUGAGGUGGGACCCAACUACACCACGCAGGGCGCGAUUGAAACGACUCAGCCGCCAUUCUUGGACCAGGAGAGUGCUUUGGUAUUUGAGAAACUGUAUCAUCGUGGAAGGCCACUGCAAGGGAAAAUGUAA